AUGUAUAUGUAUAUGUAUGUAUAUGUAUAUGUAUAUGUAUAUAUAUGUAUAUGUAUAUGUAUGUAUAUGUAUAUGUAUAUAUAUGUAUAUGUAUAUGUAUAUAUAUAUGUAUAUGUAUAUAUAUAUAUGUUGCUUCCCAGACCCACCCCUAUACUUCUAUCUUGGGGACGUAACAUCGCUCUACAGUAGUUUUUCUACUCCGUUGUAUUUUGGCUAGAUAAGAAAAUGCUAUAUAUUAACCAUAUUUGUGAAAUUCUUUUGUUACAGCAGUGGAAGUAAGUGUUGUAGUAGGCUACUAAUAAAAUAUAAUUGAAUUUCAUAGGGUCAUUACUUACACAAUGAAACUGACGCUUCUUAUUUUCAUGCCUUCACCCUCUAAAUUUUCUUCCAGGUUUUUCAGUGUGAAAGUGAAUGGAGGCCUGUGCUGCCGUUGGUGGCACGCUCAUUGAAGAGUUCAUAGUGAAUUUAGGAUGCGACUCUGGUAAAAUCCACACUGUGCCCUGUAAAAGGCCAACUAAUCCUACCUGUAAUCACUACUAUCCCCCAGCCCCUCAACAACACUACCACCACACCAAAAAAAAAAAAAAAAAAAAAAAAAAAAAGCCCCCCACAAAAACAACCUCUCAUUUGUUUGCUGAACAAACUCCUCAUGGUGUCAUUCAGAGAUUUGGGCAUCUGAGCAUCAUGUGUCUGCUGUGAGUCCUGCUAAUGUUUCAUGCUGUGUGUGAUUGUCUUUAAUGAAGUGCAGGAAUUCAUACUUCUAUAGGCUUUGUCCUUUCUAUAUGCUUUUUGUUGCGUUUUUACUUUUAUACAGAAAUGGUAACUUUGUGCUUCUAAUUUAUUGUUUAGCAGGUUUGUGAUUUAACAAAACGUCCUGUCCUGCAGUUUUAGCUAGCAGAAUCAUGGUCUGAAUGCUUUGCUGUACCAAACAUUUGCUUUGCCAAGAGGCGUGUUAAUGACUCCUUAUAGGGUCCACUUAUUAGUCCUUUUUAUUACGUUUAUUUUAGUGUUAUUCUAUUGUUCACAUUAGUAUAUGUGGUUGUACAAUACCGGAGCUGACAGGAGAAGACAAAACUAUCCAACUUUUGCAUCUGUAAUAAAGCGAGCAAAAGUGUCUGAGUGUUUGCCACAAAACAUGCAGGAUAAUGAGGUUUAGAAUCUGCAAUCUUUCCACAUGAAAGCUCUAGCACACCUGGCCCAUCCAUGUACUGAAGACCUGAGGUCACGCAUCUCAGUGCCAACCAAAUACCUACCAGAAGGACGCUAGAUACAAACCAGGGAUCUGUGAUUUCCCCCACAAAACAACAUUAAAGCAAACUAGCUUAAAGAAAUAGCAGGAAGUCAAGUGCCUAAUGUAAUGGCAGUAGAAUCCAAUCAUUUUUAAGAUACUUCAUCAGCCCAAAGAGAAUUCACAGAAUGAAUAACAUUCAUGACAGUAUCUUAUUUAUCUGAUAAUUUUACUGUUCUACACAUACAAAGGUUAAUUUAUAUCCCUGAUCUAUAUGUAACUCUGUCUGUGAAGAUGGAUUUAAGAAAUAAGUGCUUUCAGUUUUAAAAUGACCUCAUGUGGUUGGUUGCGGCUAUAAUAGACUGGUGACACAAGAGAACUCGGAGAGAAAUAACGGUAAAACUAAAUAGUUUGAGGGGAUCACUGCCCAUGGCUGCUAGCCAAACAACCUACAGCUACUUAUUGCUAAAGACAGUAAAGUGGAGAGUAUGGCUAUUGUUGCAGCCCAAUAAGUGAUUCUCUCAAACUGAUCUUCUGUUUUAGUGUCGUUAUUUUCCUUUGAGUUAUUGAUUCAGUCUCUAGUUAGCUAACAUAAACUAAUGUAAGGCUAUGACCUGCAACUAACCCGGUGACGUAACGUUUAGGACUGCCACAGCAGUUUUUGGGCCUCCAUCUUACCCUAUCCUCUUGUACAUCAAACCAAGCUACAUGCCCUCUUCUACUGUAUCUAUUAACUUUCUCUUUGAUUUUCUUCUUUUCCUCUUGGCAGCUUAGUCUGCAACAUCCAUCUCCUGAUAUAUCUGUCCUCUGCAGCUCUUUCAUUCAUCUCCAAAUCCUCCAAACCUGAGCUGUGCCUCUUAUUCAUUUCUAAUCCUGUCCAUCCCAGGAAAAAGGAGUCUUCAAAGACUCUACCUGUUGCAGAUUGAAACGUUUCAACUGUAUUUCCUCUCUAGGUGGCAAACACCAUCUUCAGUUUAGAAAUCAUGAUGAAAACCUGUACACAUUAUCAAUCAGACAUUGACAGGUUGUCUUUGGUCUGCAAAAAUGUGUAGCUGGGUGAAUGCCUGGACGACGCUUUCCCAGCAGAUUCAGUCAGAGAAUUUGGGACCCAAGGUCGACACAGAGCACAGCAGCCAUGGCAGUUGAAAAGAUAAAGAAGCCCAACAAAAGAAGUGUCACAAUCUUCGGCUACCCACUGAGCAUCUUUUUCAUCGUAGUUAAUGAGUUCUGUGAGCGGUUUUCCUAUUAUGGGAUGCGAGCCGUGCUGGUGUUGUACUUCAAGUACUUCCUUAAGUGGGAUGAAGACUUUGCCACCACCAUCUACCACACAUUUGUGGCUCUUUGCUACCUAACGCCCAUCCUGGGAGCUAUUGUGGCAGACUCAUGGCUCGGGAAGUUCAAGACGAUUGUCUACCUGUCCAUUGUUUAUGCAGUGGGACAGGUCGUCAUGGCUGUAAGUGCUAUCCAGGACAUCACAGAUGCUAACAAGGAUGGCACCCCUGACAACAUGACCUUACACGUAGCUUUGUCCAUGGUGGGUCUCCUCCUUAUUGCCUUGGGAACAGGAGGCAUCAAACCCUGUGUGGCUGCUUUUGGAGGGGACCAGUUUGAAGAUCAUCAGGAGAAACAGAGAAGCACCUUUUUCUCCAUCUUCUACCUGUCCAUUAAUGCUGGAAGUCUCAUCUCCACUCUGAUUACUCCCAUUCUCAGAGCUCAGACAUGUGGUAUUCACAUCCAGCAAGAGUGCUAUCCGCUGGCCUUCGGUGUCCCUGCUGCACUCAUGGUGGUAGCUCUGAUUGUGUUCAUUGUUGGAAGUCCCAUGUACAUUAGGAACCCCCCGCAGGGCAACAUCAUUGUGAAAGUUGGCAAGUGCAUCGGGUUUGCCGUCAAAAACCGUUUCAGGCAUCGUUCUUCUCAGUAUCCCAAGAGAGAACACUGGAUGGACUGGGCUGAAGAGAAAUAUGAUAAACUCCUGAUUGCUCAGGUGAAGAUGGCAUUGAAGGUGCUGUUCCUCUACAUCCCUCUGCCUAUGUUCUGGGCUCUCUUUGACCAGCAGGGUUCAAGAUGGACCUUCCAGGCGACCACAAUGAAUGGCAACUUUGGAGCGAUUACAAUCCAGCCUGAUCAGAUGCAGACUGUCAACCCUAUCUUGAUCCUGAUUCUGGUGCCAGUCAUGGACACUUUGAUCUACCCUCUGAUUUCCAAGUGCUUUAACUUCACUCCUUUAAGGAGGAUAACAGUGGGGAUGUUCCUAGCUGCUCUCGCGUUUGUGGCUGCUGCCCUGCUCCAGAUACAGAUUGAUAAAACCCUGCCUGACUUCCCAUCAAGUACUGAAAGCCAAGUGAAGUUCAUCAACAUGGUUAACAGGGAUCUACAGAUUCAAGCUGAUAACCAAACGAUUUCCUUGAAAGGUUUUGGGGCUAAUGAGGAUUAUCUGACCUUUCAUAACCAGUUUACACUGGUUCUGGAGUCUGGGCAACAAAAUACCGUCAAGUUGGCUAAUGGCACUCGGAAUACCAUGGCUAUCAUUCAGGGAUCCAAGCUUGGGUUUGAAAAGUUCGACGACAUGACUUCAAAGCCAGAAAAGGGUGAAAAUGCUAUAAGAGUUUUGAAUGGUUUUGGCUCAGUUUUGAAUGUAACCGUGCGUGACAAGGUGUUCAACUUUACCACCAACAUGUCAGAAUAUCUCAGUGUUUCACAUGGAAAAGCUGAGAUCAUGAUCAAGGAUAAUAGAGGAAGUAGCUGCGUUUACACUCAAGAGCUGGGCUUUGGCAGCUCUUAUACGUUGAUCAUCCCAUCCACUUUCACGUUUGGAGAAAUGUGCUCAGAGAACAUCAAGGCAGUGAUGGACAUGGAGCCUAACACUGUGCACAUGGCUUGGCAGAUCAUUCAGUAUUUCCUCAUGACUUCAGGAGAGGUCGUCUUCUCUGUGACAGGCCUCGAGUUCUCCUACUCACAGGCACCCAGCAACAUGAAGUCUGUGCUGCAGGCUGGCUGGCUGUUAACCGUUGCCGUAGGUAACAUCAUUGUGCUUAUUGUUGCUGAGGCUGCAACGCUAAAAGAUCAGUGGGCCGAGUACAUUCUCUUCGCCUCCUUGCUGGUGUUGGUGUGUAUCAUCUUUGCCAUCAUGGCCUAUUUUUACACCUACACUGACCCAACCAAGAUAGAGGCCCAGUUUGAUGAAAUGGAGCCUGAAGAGAAGGAGAAGAGGAAAAACUUUGACAUGCCCAGGAAAGGCUCAGCUGAGAGCCACAAAGAGGACAGGAGGAGUUCUGAUUCCAGCUCUGAUGACGAGUGCACCAAACAGACAAAGAUCUAAAGCAACUCCCUCACUAUGGCUUUCCCCUCUCUUCUGCUGGAUUUUAUCUUUCAUGUCUCAGAGUGCCUGUGCCAUUUUGGUCAAUUUGUCAGAGAAAUCAGCUCACAGUUGGACAUGUAGCAGCUAGAG